CGGCCCGCUGAGGACCAGAGCCCAGCGGGGUCUGACUUGCCCGGCGCCAUAGGACAGGCCGGGUGCGAGGCACGACCUACAGGCACGGGCCGCCCGAACCGGGCGGAAUCGGCUCUUCGGGACCGAAGUAUGGAGCAAAGGUGCUCCCAGAAAGCUGUGGGGUUUGCUCUAGCAAAGGGAAACCACCGAGCCCCGCUCAAUCGUGCUGCCAUGGGACACACAGAGUGCUCGGGGAACCCACACCCCGCGGAAGGAGCGAGCAGCAGCCGGGACCUGACGCGCACGGGAGCACCCCUGCCGUAUCACGAUCUUUUUCCCCGCCGGUGCUCCCGGUGCGCGCCCGGUGAAGGAUGGCUCUUUCCCAGGGGCUCGGCCCUGAUUUAUGUGAGAACCGCAGCGAGCCGGGGACGCCCUCGCACGGUGGGGACGGCGACGAGUCACGGGCAGGCGGCGGGUCCCGGGGCACCCACCCGCGACGGAGCCGACGGAGGGGACGUGCCCGGCCUGGCCUCGCAAGCCGCGGAACCUGCCGGUGCUCUGCUCGCUCCCGGGCCGUGCUCUCCCCGCACGGUGAGCGGCGGACUCGUCCUGGGUGUCUCCGGGUUCCGUUGCCCGGUGCGCCUGCAUUGGUGUAUCCCCCGGCUUAAGGUGCGCCCGCAUUGGUGUAUCCCCCGGCUUAAGAUUCCUCCGGCUGCAAGCAGGGCUUGUUUCCAUGUGGAUGAGGCCAUCCUGGGCAUGUCUGUCCCUGAAGCUGGCAAAUCUGCACCAAAAAUGGCACACAGCUGA